CCUCUCGGGAUCUUUUCACAGUUCAUGAGGACUUCAGUUGCACUUUGGCGCUGCCGUCCCCUUUCCCAGGACUGCCAAUGGCAGGCUACCAGCUCUGGUCACCAUGGACCCCACUGGAUGAGAGUUUCCAAUGGCUGCGGCACACUACACCCACCCCUUCCUCCAAACACCCUUUUAGGGCCUCUCCUUGCUUCCCCCAUACCCCUUCUGACCUUGAAGUGCAGUUGUGCCUUCAAGAAGUCACACUUGUCUUAGACAGCCCACUUGUGGAACCUGGAGAGAGCCCCAAGUUACCCUGUCACACAUCAGAGCUCCGAGCCGUGAGUAACAAGAAAGGGGUGGUGAGGAGGCCCCAGCCGGUCCGCCUCAGUGGAGUGGAUUCUGUGUUUGGUAGGGUCAUCACAGCCCAGCCCCCCAAGUGGACCGGAACCUUCAGAGUUUCAGACAAGUCAGCCUUCUGCAAAAUAAUCAGCAGGGAGCACCAGUGGCCUACUGGACUUAAGGAGCCUCAGAUCCAAAUGACAGUGACUAUGUGCAAACAGAUGCUACGCUCAAUCCUCUUGCUGUAUGCAACUUACAAGAAGUGCACCUUUGCCUUGCAGCACUCCAAGUAAAGGGUCCCCAUUGGGCCCCUGUGCUCCAUACCAUGCUCUCUGGUAUGUACCCAAAGCUUGCACAGACCUAUCCACAUAAAUCAAACUG